AUGGCACACGGCACGCAAAGACACGCCUACGAUGAUAGCAACAGGGCCUUCCUCCAGGCCUUGAUGGCCCGUUCAACACUGACCUACGAAGAAUCAAAACCCCUCCUCGCUGCUAUCCUCUCAGUCCACGGAGGAGAUACUGUCUCCGAAGACGACAUCACAGAAGAAGACCUCUCCACCUUCAUCACCGCCGCGAACUCCGCAAUCUCCCCCUUCGAUCUCGAAAUCAGAAGCACACUCCCUCAACUCCAAGUCAACGCCCCGCUCACCGAAGCUGUCGCCCCGGAGCGCGUUUACGCCCUCGUAAACACCACCAGCGACGCCCUGACCCAGCUCGCGACGACGUACACAGCCGAUGAGAUCUCCUUCGUGAAGCGCAUUCUGGACCGGAUGUUCGAGGCGAAUAACACCCGGAUCGCGGAGGUGAUGGCAGUCGGCUCGAUUGAGGCAAUACAGCAGUCGAAAGUGGGCGGUGGGAACAGGCGUGAGGCGGGCUCUGCGACGCAGGCUACUCAGACUGGGGCUGCGCAGCCGCUGAACAUGACGCAGGCGGAGACUGUGUUGAAGCAGCUUGUUGAGGAUGGGUGGUUUGAGAAGAGUAGGAAGGAUUUUUAUACGUUGAGUCCGCGGGGACUGAUGGAACUACGAGGAUGGCUUGUUGCGACGUAUAAUGAUGAGAAUGAGGAGGGGCGGAGGAAUAAUAAGAUCAAGUUCUGUGCGGCGUGCAGGGAUAUCAUUACGGUUGGUCAACGCUGUGGCAAUCGUGAGUGUCUAGGCCGGUUACACGAUCACUGUAUGCGCAAUUUCUUCCGCGUACAGAAGGCGGAGCAGUGUCCGGUAUGCAGAGCCCCAUGGCCAGGAGAUAAAUUUGUCGGGGAGCGUGCUGUCGUAACGACGGGUCAGAAUAGACGGAGUGGUGGUGCUCGUCCGAGCAUGGUUCAACCAAGCACACAAGUGUCGCAGACGCAGACUACAGACGGAGAUAUGGAUGAGGAGCUUAGCGAUUGA